AUGGGCUACUACUUCGGGAUUUGUGGCAUGGGUGGGUUGGGUAAGACCACCUUAGCUGAAGUCGUGUUCGAACAAUUUCGUCACCAGUUUGAUGGUCAUUGUUUUCUUCGAAAUGUUAAAGAGGUAGUCAAAAAACAUGGAUCGACUUAUUUGGCAAAAGAAUUUUUUGGAAGACUACUAUCCAAUAAGGGAAAAUAUAUAGACUUGGAAGAUUUGGAUAUUGAAAAGGAAAGACUAUAUCAUAAAAAGUUACUCAUUGUUCUUGACGAUAUAGAGAAUAUAAGUGAACAUGAUUCUUUACUUAGAGAUAGUCGUGUUUGGUUGAAUUCUGAAAGUAAAGUUAUCAUAACAAGUAGAAAUCUACAAGUGCUUCGGAAUAUUAUUGGAGAUGACGAAAAGUUGAUAUACAACCUAAAGCUACUCGAUGAAGAUGAAGCCCUUGAACUCUUCUAUUUGCAUGCCUUGAAAAAGAACAAAAUUGCUCGAGAAAGUUAUACAGAAAUUUCAAAAGAGUUAGUGAAUUAUGCUCAAGGCCUUCCUCUUGCUCUUAUAGUUUUAGGUCGUCAUCUAUAUUCAAAGAGAGAAGAAGUGUGGCAGAGCUUGUUGAUGAAGCUGAAAGUUGAACCAGAUGAAAGUAUUCUACAAGUGCUAAAGAUGAGUUUCGAUGGAUUGGAUGUUAAGGAGAAGAACAUAUUUCUUGAUAUAGCAUGUUUUUUUCGAGGUGAGAAAAAAUAUUAUGUGAAGGAAAUUUUGGAUGAUUGUGGUUGUUUUGACAUUGUCAUUGAAGUUCUUGUUGAUAAGUGUUUGAUAACUAUAUGUGAGGGUAGACUUCAAAUGCAUGAUUUGUUGAAAGAAAUGGGUUGGUCAAUUGCUCGUGGAUUGAAUAAUAGGCUAUGGAUUGCCAAAGAUAUUUGCCAUGUCUUAAGAAGUAACUCGGCUACUGCAACAAUUGAAGGAAUGUUCCAUGUUGAUGAUAACUAUUAUUUUGGUCGAGAUGAGAGAAGUGAAAAAUUAUUAUUCAGUGUUCGUGGUGGCCAUAGAUGUCGAUGCAGCAGGGACGAACUACAAACAUUCAUAAACUUGGACCCUUUUGUCUUUUCAAAGAUGAGAUUUCUAAGAUUUCUUAAACUUUCAACAAGAUAUUCGUGCAUUCGGUUACAAUUUCCUCAUGGUCUUCAUGGCUCUUUCACUGAUGAGCUUAGAUAUCUGGAGUGGUAUCACUAUCCAUUGGACUCUUUAGGGUCAACUUUCACACCAUGUAAGCUUAUUCAUCUUGAUAUGAGCUAUAGCCAACUUGAGAAACUAUGGAAUGCAUCCCAGGGCCAGAAUGUUAAACCAUUAAAAUAUGUCAUUCUUUCUCACUCCAAGAAGCUGACUUGUCUCCCAGAUCUCUCUCAAGCAAAUCUUCAAUUGCUACGCUUACAUGGUUGUACAAGUUUAGUUGAGCUUCCUCCGAUAAGAUUUCACAAUGCUCAUGACAUUAUUAAUGCAGAAAACGAAUCAGAAGUAAUGUACAAAUAUAACAAUUUAAUGCUACAACUUAUAAACUAUGAAGCUCAUGAUGAUAAACCCUUCACUAAACGCCCAGAACCUGGAGAAUCGAUGGCAAGUUUAGAUAGCUACAUGAAGAUAGAGCCAUCUUUAUUGUGUUAUCUGUGGACAGAUGGGGCCUAUAGUUGCUUGCUUGAUCUCAAAGGGUGUCACAAUCUCACAACUCUUUCACAGAUGUCAGGUAACAUAAAAUUCUUAUGUCUGCGCUCCACAGCAAUACAAGAACUGGACUCUUCAAUUUGCUCUCUCAAUAAUCUUCUUGUCCUAGAUCUCUACAAUUGUAAACUUCUUAGGAAUCUUCCCAACAAUCUUUGUGAUUUGGAGUCUUUGGAAUACCUAGAUUUGUAUGGAUGCAUACUGAUUGACAAGUUUCUAGAGCUUCCAAAGAGUAUAAAAGGAUUAGAUUUAAGUAAAACCUCAAUACAACAAGUCAAUCCUUCGUCCUUUGAGUGCCUGCCUUCUCUCAACAUCUUGUACAUGAAUCAAUGCCAGAAGCUUGAAAGCUUGCCAAUCACCACUUGUAAGUUGGAAUCUCUCACGAAAUUAUUCCUCGAAAAUUGCUUUCGAUUGAAGAGUUUUCCAGAAAUCUUGGAGCCCAUGGAGAAGCUAAAGGAACUUUAUUUGAUGGGAACUAGGGUUGAGGAGCUACCAUCAUCAAUAGAGAAACUAUCUAUGCUUGAAAAGUUGUGCUUGGACUACUGCAAGAGUCUCAAGUUUAUUCCAACCACCAUUUGUAAGUUGAAGUCUCUUAUUAUACUAUCUUUCAUAGAAUGCUGGCAAUUGGAAUGCUUACCAGAGAUCUUGGAGCCUAUGGAAAAUCUAAAGGAACUUGUUUUUGAAAAAGCAUGGAUUGAAGAGAUACCAUCAUCAAUAGAGAAACUAAUUCUGCUUGAAAAGUUGUACUUGAUCAACUGUAAACAUCUCAAGCUUAUUACAACCAACAUUUGUAAGUUGAAGUCUCUUAAAGUACUUUCUUUGUAUAAUUGCUCACGAUUGAAAUACUUUCCAGAAAUUUUGGAGCCUAUGGAGAAUCUAAAACAGCUCUAUUUAAGUGGAACAUGGAUUGAAGCGCUACCCUCAUCAAUUGAACGUCUAGUUAUGCUAAAGAUAAUAGAUUUAGCUAGAUGUGAAAAUCUUAAGUCUAUUCCAACCAACAUCUACAAUAUGCCUAAAAUUUCCAAAAUCGACAUUUCUAAGUAUCCAAAAGUCAAGACCUUGUCUUAUUAUGGUUUGCCCUCAUUGACAGUCCUAGGUCCAAGUGAUACCACUGCUGGUCAAUCAUAUUUUUACAAUAGUCAAACACUUCAACAAUCCAAGUGCAGAAGUUCUUGUUCUAUCACCACAAAUCUAAAAGUUUUCUUCAGAUUACAUUCUGAUGAUGGGCUCAAGUAUGGUAUUCAUUUCACUUGUUGUGAGUGCUUUCUAUUUUACACGGUGCAUAAUGUUUUGGCGAGCCAAUAUUUUGAGGAUAAUAUUUUCCAAAAGUAUUACAAUGACUUUCAUUUUAAGGAUUUAAAUCGUCCUGGAGCGAGUUUUUCCUAUUCUGGAAAUGCAAUUCCUCUUUGGUUUACUAAUCAAUCUGUGGGUUCUUCCAUAGAAGUAAACUUGGUUCCCUCUUCAGAUAAUUAUUUCAGCUUCUUGGGCUUUGCUUUAUGCAUUGUUGUUGAUUUUGAUCCGAGCACUUCAAAUCCUGGUGUGGAGGACUUAAGUUGUGAAUACAUUUUUAAAAUGAGUGAUGGUCAAAGUUCUAAGCUCUGCUCCACUCUACCAAGACAAAAAGCUACUUCUGAUUCUGAUGGAGAUUCUAAUGUAGACAACAAUGACAUUUUAGACUGGUCAUCGGGCAAUGUGUUCAUAUAG